AUGUUGUGGUUUCUUACUGCAGCAUUCAAAGGCAUUUAUCAGGCCGCCAAUGGAGCAGGUGCCGAAGAUCCGCUUGGAGUCAUUCUGCAGUAUAGAGGGUUGGCAUUCCAAGCAGGUGGCGAUGGUACACUCGAGCAGCACAUCACCAUUCCCAACAUUUUGAAGAAGUACAACCCGAAUCUUUUUGGCUAUUCUGUCGGAAUCGGAUCACCGAACGUUUGGGAAGUGUCCUAUCUGAAUGUUGCGAUGCCCGGUGCCAUCGCUGCUGAUCUCCCUGGACAGGCUCGCACGCUCAUCUCCCUGCUCCACACUCAUUCCGAGUCCGUCAACUUCAAUGAGGACUGGAAACUGCUGAAUAUUUUCAUUGGUGGAAACGAUAUGUGCUCAUUCUGUAAAGAUCAUUCACUGGAGCCUGCCGAGUGUGUUCAACACAUAGAAGAAACAGUGAAGAUCAUCUACGACAAUGUGCCGAGAGUGAUUGUCUCUAUCACUGCAAUGCUUCAACUCGAAAUCCUGCGACAGUCUGACAAAGGCAGACUCUUCUGUGAAGGACUCCAUAAGGAAGAAUGCCCAUGUGAAAGUGACGUGAAAGACUUCAACAAUACCUAUUUGGCCAACGCAUGUAUCGACUACGCGAAUCGAGAAAUGGUCUUGCUGCUUCUGGAAAAUAUGACAAUAAUAUGA